CCUCAGCAAGCAAAAAAUCUAAAGAAGAAUAUAAUUGGUUAAAUUCCUCAGAAAAUCCAAAAGAUUUAGAGAUGACACUUCUUCUUCCUCAACUAAACCAUAUCCACAAGCCACCAGUAGUACUAUACAGACGCCUCCGAAAACCAUACAGAUUACCAGUGAUCUCCGCCGUAUCCGGUAAGGAGCUGAUACUUUCCGGCAAGGUCCGGGCGGUGGAGCCAAAAGAAGCCAAGACGGUUGUGGCGUCGGAGGGAUACGUGCUCUUAGACGUGAGGCCGGCUUGGGAAAGAGAAAAGGCACGUGUGAAAGGGUCCUUACACGUGCCACUGUUCGUGGAGGAUACAGACAAUGGGCCGAUUACGUUGCUGAAGAAAUGGAUUCAUUUGGGAUACAUUGGGCUUUGGACAGGCCAGAGAUUCACCAUGUUCAAUGACGAAUUCACCCCCCGUGUUGUGGAGGCUGUCCCGGACAAAGAGACUAAAGUGCUCGUCGCGUGCGGUGAAGGACUCAGGUCGUUGGCGGCUGUAUCAAAGCUCCACGGAGAAGGGUACAAAAGCUUAGGGUGGUUAACCGGAGGGUUUAACCGAGUAACCGAGGGAGAUUUUCCAGAGAUCGAAGGGACCGAAGAGCUUCGGUUCGCCACGAUAGGAGGUGUUGCUGCAUCUUCCAAAUCGUUCCGGGAUCGAAAUCUCUCGAAUUGGGGACCUUGUACAUUGCGCACGAUGGGCGAUUUCAACCUCGCUCUCGUGAUUGUCGCGAUCGUUGUUUGCGUCAUCGUUUUCAUCUCUAGCAUCUAUCUCCUCGUCAACUACCAGCAUCCAGAUGAUGCAAACCAGGCUUAUUUCCCCAAAUUCGUCGUUGUUUUUGGGCUGUCUAUUGCUAUGAUCUCGAUUCUCAUGUUACCGGCGGAUGUGGCCAAUCGGCAUGCUUGUCGACAUGCUAUAUACAAUGGAGCUUGCAAUCUCACCUUGCCCAUGAAGGAUCUUUGGCUUGCUAUUUAUAUCGUGGACGCUAUUCUCGUGUUCUUUGUCAUCCCCUUCGCAAUGUUUUUCUAUGAAGGCGACCAGGACAAGACUCUUGGAAAGAGGAUAAAAAGUGCCUUAAUUUGGGUGGUAACCACGGCUGUUGUUUGUGCUCUGGUGCUUGGAAUUUUAUAUGGUGUCAUUGGAAAGGUGGACUUCUCUGUCAGGCACUUGGCUUCUGCCACUUCCACUUUCCCUACUUCCUGGCAAUUUUCAAAUACUCAACCAUGCAUCGGUAACACCGCUCGCCAGUGCUCAGCAUUUACAGCCAAUCCCACAUCUGAGAAAACAUGGACCAUGCGUACUACUUUUCCAGAGUAUGUUGUUGCUCUUGCGACAAUUGUUGGGUCAGUUCUUUUCACGAUAUUUGGUGGUGUUGGUAUUGCAUGUCUACCUCUGGGACUUAUCACUGCAUUCAUCAGGCGGCCAAAGGCUGUUAUCACUCGAUCACAAUAUAUAAAGGAGGCAACCGAACUAGGUAAAAAGGCAAGAGAACUAAAGAAAGCAGCUGAUGGGCUUCAUCAGGAAGAGAGAAGUGGUGCUAAGGGCAGGAAGUGGAGGAAAAAUGUGAAAGCAGUUGAAAAGGAGUUGCUCCAAUUGGAGGAAGAUGUGAACCUCUUAGAAGAGAUGUAUCCUCAAGGAGAGCAGGCAGAAACUGCAUGGGCUUUCACUGUGCUUGGAUACUUGGCCAAGUUCAUUCUUGGAAUCUUAGGAUUGAUCGUUUCCAUUGCUUGGGUUGCACACAUCAUCAUAUAUCUACUCGUCGACCCUCCUCUCUCCCCUUUUCUUAACGAGGUUUUCAUUAAGCUUGAUGAUGUUUGGGGUCUUUUAGGCACUGCUGCCUUUGCUUUCUUCUGUUUCUACCUUCUACUUGCUGUUAUCGCUGGGGCAAUGAUGCUGGGUUUGAAGCUGGUCUUCAUUACCAUUCAUCCAAUGAAAUGGGGAGCUACUCUAAUGAACUCUUUUCUCUUCAAUGUCGGGCUCAUUCUUCUUUGUUCAAUCAGUGUGAUUCAAUUUUGUGCCACUGCAUUUGGAUAUUACGCUCAAGCCACUGCUGCCCAGGAGAUAUUUGGUCACACAUUGCAGUCGCUUAGAGGAAUUAAGUACCUUUACAAGUACAAUGUGUUCCAAAUCGGGUUUGUUAUCCUGGCUGGACUGACUUUCCUAUAUUACAUUGCCUUUGGAUGGAGAAGAAAAAAACCCAGUGGCCGUUUCCAGCUCUCUUCUUAAUGUAAAACGUUUUAUAUCGAUUCUUCGACGUUGCCUUCACGGGGAUCUGAUUGAGUGCUGUCGACAGAGUUUCUACUUGUUUCUGGAUCAUCAUCCAUUCCAGAAGUAUCUAGUGACUCUGCUUCUGAGGUUUAUUUUCCUGAAUGUAUUAUUAAAUUUCUUGUGAGUGUACUGUUUGGUUGUGCAACACUUAGCUGUCCGGUCUUGGUCUAUUGUACUGUUUCGGAUGCGAUCAUGUAAUCAUAUUUUUUUAACGAGAAAUUGAGAAGCCUUCUUCUUCGAAUUUCACAAGACGGAGACUUACUUUGUGGUUUGAGAAAACUGUAAACCCAACUAAUGUUGAAUUUCGGUUGAGUAUACCGAACCAGGUUAUCAAUAUUCUUGGAUAAUUGGAUUUGUAAUGAAUCCUGUUUAUUAUU